AUGAGCAACACCGAACCUCUUACCGAGGCUGAAAAGGAGGCCUGCAUCUGCCUUUCGACUCUUUUCCUCGAUUCCGAAAUGACGUCAGCCAAAAUUGCCACCAUGGCGCAAUCGCUGCAUCGUCUUCGCCUCCCCGUCCAGCAGCUCGAUAACAUGCUCCGCCAUGAGCUGUUCCCAAUUCUGUACCCGAAUUUGAUCAACCCUGCAGGUGUCUGGGACGGCUUCGAUGAGACCGAUCUCAUUGCCCGCGUCAAUGAUCGCCGCGCACAUCCGCAGAAUCUCCUGCAGACGUUGGGCAACAACGUAGCCUGGGUCAUGCUGCGUUCUUCUGUCAUGUCCUCCUGGGCUCGCGUGAGAGAGACGCUGGGCCAACUAGACCGGGACACAUCUCCGAAACGUCCCUGCUCCUUGGCACUUGACAGGUCUUCUACACGGUGA